CUUCAUCGGAGGAAUCUCCUGAAGAGCAAGUCACACUUCAUGUGAAAUCUGUUUCCACUAAUGUUGAGGAGAUGACGAAAUCAGAAGGAAGAAGACUAGAUGGUGGUGAAAGAGAAGACAACAGGGAGAGUGAUCAGUCCCCGGGCAUCAUAUUUGAGAAGUUCCUGACUUAUCAACAGAAAAUGACUGCCAACAAGGAGCGGAGCCUGGCAGCAGCAGUUCAUAGUCAAAGACAUGAUUUGGAAAACAUUGCAGACAGUGAAGUAGAAUUCCUCAGAAGCCAGGAUAUCAAGAUUGAAGAGAAUAUUUCUGAUCAGUCACUGACAAUGGCCAACAGUCACAAUAAACGGAGUGCAAAUCGGCAGGUGCAGCAUCAUCAUGAUAUUCGGUCCGUUCUCGUGAAGCAGGAGAGCAGUCUCGUGAAUGACAUUCAGGCCACAGAGGGCAGCAGGCACAUUCGAUGGAAUGUGGAGCAAGUUGAAACAGAAAAUGCUUCCAAUCCAAUUGUGGACAGUGAGGAGACAACCCAGGAGUCUACUGUGACCUCUGACUACAACAGCAACCAGUGUAUCUUCUACCCAGUGAAAGAGGAGGAGAGAGAGCAUCUGCUGGGAACCUCUCAUAAUAACUGUGGGAGUUCAGCCACGGGUACAUCUAGUGAUGGUCAUACUGAGCAUCAGUCAGACUCUCAACCUUCAGAUGAGGGGAGCCUCACCACACAAGACUACCAGGAUACAGGAGCGAGAGGACUAUUGCCGGGGCCAGGAGUUAAUGACUUUGCAGAUGUGCAAGGUGAGGCUGAGACUGAAUGCCAGCAGACACCAGAGCUCCGGGACUUCCUUCUUCAAAGUUCUCAUGAAGAGGUUGUGGGAACUUUUGAAAUGGCUGAUCUUCACAUUGAGUCAGAAGCAGAAAUAAUGACCUUUUUGUCCAAGAACCAAAUCAGCAACCUGCAACAGACAGAUCAACUGCUUCAGAGCUCAGCAAUUGCAACAAGCCACCAACCAAUGGAGGAAAUCAAGAACAGAGAGCCCAUUGAAUACUUCUCCAAGUAUUUUGAUCGGGAUACCUGGGUAGAAAUUGCCUGGUACACAAAUACACUGUCGAACAUGGUUAACCCUGUCACAGCCAGAGAGGUUGGACAAUUUGUUGGGAUCCACAUUGCAAUGGGAACUUUGAAGUUUCCCAGCCCAAAACUGUACUGGGAGGACCUGACUAAGGUACCAUUGAUUGCUGAAGCCAUGCCGAUGUCAAGGUUCAUUCAGCUGUCCCAUGCAUUGAAGCUAGCCUCUCCUGUAAAUGAACCAGCCAACAGUAAAGCUGCAGGAGAAAUGCACAACUUUGAAAAUGUAGAAGUAGUUCCAGCUCACAUUGCAGUGAACAACAAAAGCAAGCACAGUGAGAGUUCUCAGUUUGGUGAUAGUCAACAGCAAAGAGACAAGGCAGACAGCCUGAACAGUUCAAGAAUAUCAACUGAUCCACUGUGGAAGGUUCAGCCUGUGCUGUGCCGUUUCCAUGCUGGUUGCCAGUCACUGAGGAAAGAAGGUGACUAUGCGGUAGAUCAGUAUACCCUUCCUUUGACUGGGAAGGCACAUAGUCACAAGAACUCUCUCUAUUGUACCACCUUGAUUGGCUUUGGCGGUUUACUCUUGCAUGUGGAUCUUAAAUUGGAUCUCUCAGAAAAAGAUGCUGUUGAAAAAAUGGUUCCCAAAGGUAGCACAGUGUUUUUGUGCAAGCAGGAACUGUCUACUCCUGCCAUGUUAGAACGCCUGUUAGUUGCCGGGGUUCAUGGUGCAGGCCGGGUGGGAGGAGCAAGAGGACAGAUUGGGGAUGAGUUUGUAAGUUCAGAUGGAAGAUUGAUGUUACGCAGGUCACACUGCGGCUUUAUACUGUCCACCGCAGGAAACGGACAGAGAAACAUGGUCUCACUUAUUGACAGUUUUGAAAAAGCCCAAAUGUCUGUUCGCCUCAACAGAGAUCUGCAAAAUCUUUACUGUAUUCCCCUCACCACAUCAGCACCAGCAUGCUGGCCUCAAGCUGUGCUCUGGUACUUGACUGAUUUGGCUUUGGUCAACUCCUGGCUUUUGUACAGGCAGGAUCAUGGGGCAUCUGCACCUCUAACACUCAUGGCCUUCAGACUGGAAGUGUCUAAGGCUUUGAUCCUGUCCAGUGGCACAGAUACCCAGGAUUCAGUUCCCCCUCAGCCCCCCACAGAGAAACCUCAAGCAGCGAAUGAAAUCCCCAGUCCCAGUUUACUACAGGAAAAUCCUCUUCCAGACGAGACCAUAAGGUACGAUGGUUCUGGACACUGGCCAGAGCAGCUCAGCGAAGGCGAAGGUGGCAGGUGUCGCUUUGGAGACUGCCAGAGAACAUCUCGAGUACUGUGCCUUAAGUGCUGUGUAUUUUUAUGCAUCUCACGCAACCACAACUGUUUCAUCAAUUUCCAUCACCAAGGUAGUUUGUGAAAUGAAUAGUGUUGUUGAGUGUUUUCUUAGUGAAACGAAUCCUGUCUUAUAAUUUAGAUGA